UGCUGUGGAUAUGCCUUCUGUUCAGUUACCAAGUGCUGAAGGUGAUUCUAUCAAGGUCUAUGUAAGAGUACGACCACCAGCAAAGAACACAGAAUUGUUUACAGAUGGAAAUCAAGGACUGUGUUUGGCAGUUACCUCAUCAACUACUAUUCAUCUUAAUUCAAAACCUGAUCCCAAGAUCUUCACAUACGAUCAUGUGGCUGAUAUGGACACCACUCAGGAAGCAGUGUUUUCAGCGGUGGCUCGGGGCAUUAUUGAGUCCUGCAUGAAUGGAUAUAACGGUACAAUUUUUGCCUAUGGACAAACUGGUUCGGGAAAGACAUUCACAAUGUUAGGUCCAUCUGAUGAUUCUGAUAACUUCACCCAUAAUUUGAGAGGUGUAAUCCCUCGCAGUUUUGAAUACCUCUUUUACUUGAUCAAUCGGGAAAAGGAAAAGACUGGUGAAGGCAAGGAUUUUCUCUGCAAGUGCUCCUUUAUUGAGAUUUACAACGAACAAAUAUUUGAUCUGUUAGACCCUGCUUCAACAGGCUUAUUUCUUCGAGAAAAUAUUAAAACUGGGGUCUUUGUGGAAGGGGUAGUCGAACAAGUUGUAACUUCAGCAGCUGAGGCAUAUCAGGUGUUAUCCAUGGGUUGGCGGAACAGAAGUGUAGCUUCGACCUCAAUGAACCGAGAGUCAUCACGGUCUCAUGCUGUCUUCUCAGUUACAAUACAAUCAAAGGAAAAGAUCAACAACCUAGUUAAUAUCCGAACAUCGCAGCUGAACCUGGUUGACUUGGCAGGGUCAGAACGACAGAAAGAUACACAUGCUGAAGGGCUUCGGUUAAAGGAGGCAAGCAGUAUAAACCGAUCGCUGAGUUGUCUGGGACAUGUUAUUAUGGGCCUUGUUGAUCUGGCUAAUGGGAAAAGCCGCCACAUCUGUUACCGAGAUUCUAAACUGACAUUCUUGCUGAGGGACUCUCUUGGAGGAAAUGCAAAGACUUAUAUUAUUGCAAAUGUUCAUCCUGGGUCACGGUGUUUUGGUGAAACGCUCUCCACCCUUCAGUUUGCUCGUAGAGCAAAGCUAAUCAAAAAUAAAAAGUCUAGUUACUCAGCCUUUACAGAGAAGACUAAAUAUGAAAAAGCUGGUGUUAAAGAAGACCCCAAUUUCUACCAGAAAGACAUGUUUGCAAAGCACAUGGGAAGGCGUCUGCUUCAGUGGAGACAAGCAGACAGUUACCGUAUUUCCAAAUCAUUAGCUAGCGCUCUCUUGUCAGACAUCUGUCAGCUCUCAGUGUUUGAUGUACUUCACAAGAGAACAGUGGAUGCUCAGCCCUCGAGUACAUUCAAGACAGAAGAUUACCGGUUUUUGGGUGUUAAGAAAAUUAAGAUUUUGGCAUUGAAGCAAUUAAAACGUCGAUAA